AUGAAAGCUCGCGAGCAAGAACUGCGCGAGAAGCAGAUCAAAGCGCUGCUAGUGAAGAAAGAGCAGGAAGUCGCGGCGACCGUGAAGGAGCAGCAGCGACAAGAAUCCAAAGAGAAGUACCAGGCGAAGCUCGAUGAAUGGGCCAUGGAGAAGGGCGGAGAGAAGAAGAACAUCCGCACGCUGCUGUCGACAGUGGGGAUCGAGCGCGGAAUGCACCAAGUGAUGUGGGAAGGAGCCGAUUUCCAGCCCAUCUCGCUCGCGCAGCUGCUGCAGCCCGAAAAGGUGAAGCUGUACUAUAGGAAGGCGAUGCUGAAAGUGCAUCCCGAUAAAAAUCGUGAUGGAACGCCCGAUCAAAUCUACAUUGCACAGAGAAUCUUUGAGGCACUGAACCAGGCGUGGGCGACGUUCCAGGAUCAGCAGAAAUAUAUGAUUAAUCCUUUUGAAAUGAUAUAA